CUAACGUAAGGUUUACGUUAAGUAUAUUGUGGCAAGUGACCACUUCUACCGCGGAUCUUCAAAUACUGCACAGCAGUUCUCUAUAAAGAGAGAGUGGUUGUCCACUACUGGAUACUACCAACCCUCGGAAAGUCAAGUGCCCGACCUUGUUAACAUGAAGUUCUCCAUCAUCGUGCCGCUGCUGUCUGCGACGGUUCUUGCCGUGCCUGUUGUUGAAGAGCGCCAGGCGACUUGCAAUGUCCCGACUAGUUUUCCAACAACCGCGAACGCAAAGCUGCCGAAUCCCUUCAAGUUCUUUGACGGCAGGAGUGUUACCACUAAAGCCGACUUUGAGUGCAAGAAUCAAGAAGUCAGCGCAGCGCUGCAAGCCCAAGAGCUUGGCGUCUUCCCUCCUAAACCAUCAAGCGUCACUGCUUCUCUCUCUGGCAAUAGCCUCUCCAUCACUGCUUCUGAAGCCGGCAAAUCGAUUACCUUCAGUGUCUCGAUCCAGAAGCCCAGCGGCUCAGGACCAUUCCCUGCUAUCAUCGCAUACGGCGCCGCCAGCCUACCCAUCCCAAACGGUGUCGCGACCAUUAUUUUCAACAACGACGAUAUUGCUGCCCAGCAGGGCCAGAACAGCCGUGGUCAGGGCAAGUUCUACAACAUCUACGGCUCAGAUCACAGCGCUGGAGCUCUCACUGCUUGGGCAUGGGGCGUGGACCGCAUCAUCGACGCUCUCGAAAUCACACCGAACGCUGGCAUCGACCCUAAGCGCGUUGGUGUGACCGGCUGCUCACGCAACGGCAAAGGCGCCUUUGUUGCUGCAGCUCUUGUCAAGCGUAUCGCACUCGGUCUUCCACAGGAGUCGGGCGCUGGUGGCGCUGCUUGCUGGCGCAUCUCAGACUCCGAGAAGGCGAAGGGCAAGAACAUCCAGACCGCUUCUCAGAUCGUCGGAGAGAACGUCUGGUUCAGCCCGAGAUUCAACGCGUUCAGCACCAAGGCCAACACUCUGGCUGUGGACCAUCACCAGCUUGCGGGUAUGGUUGCUCCUCGUGGUCUGCUCGUUAUUGAGAACGAGAUUGAUUGGCUCGGUCCUGUGUCCACAACUGCUUGUAUGAAGGCCGGCCGCUUGAUCUACAAAGCGCUUGGUGUGCCUGACAACAUGGGUUUUACAGGCUCUGGCAACCACAACCAUUGCUCGUUCCCUUCGAAUCAGCAGGCUGAUCUUACUGCCUUCAUCAGCAGGUUCUUAUUGCAACAAAAUACCGACACGGCGAACAUUGAAAAGGGUCCUGGUGGCGCGGAUGUUGGAACGUACAUUGACUGGACGACACCUACACUCACUUAAAGCUACAACUAGGAGCAGCCAUAGCAGGGGAAGGCUGGAGGGAUUCGCUCACAUGUAUAUAUGUUGAUACGCGUGAUAUCGCACCUGAAUUGCAAUUGGAAUACGUAUGUGUCUCAAUUCAGGCUCUCCAAAGCAUGCUCACACCAAGCGAUGUAGGUGAAAAGGACGACUCGAGUACCUUAUCCAUCGAGCGUCUCUCAACACCAUCAUCGUGAUGACGUAGGAAGCCAAUAAUCUAUCAGUGUAGGCGUGUAUGCAUUCCAGGGAGAUUUCUAGGCACGGAUCCCGUAGCAAACUGUUCUCGGAGCAUGUCCAGACGUGCAGGAAGGAAGUUUGAUGUUCCUGAGGUCGUCGUUGGACGUGGAGGGGUCACGGUCGCAAUUGCACUCCACUGGUUCGCCAAUCCAAUCUCCGCCGUUGGUCCAAACGUUCGACCACGUACAGGUCAGACUCCGUCUGAACUGAUGAGAUCUUCGACAGGACGUU